AUGUACUUCGGGUUAUCAAUUUUUUAUUGGUUGUUUGUCUGUACCAAUGCUCAAUUUCUUUUAAAACUAAGAUACGAGCCAAAUUAUCUUCCGAUCUAUGAGUCUUCAACUGAAUUUUUCGAACAAAGUGAUAUAAAUAUUCCAACACAUGAGGUAGAUUUGACUAAUUUUGGAUUAAGAUCAAAUUAUUCAUGGCAAGAUGUUUUAGAAGAAAUUGAUUUAUCACCAAAUCAAAAGUUAUUUUUCUUACAAAGGCAUGCCGAAGGGUAUCAUUUGACAGCAAAAAGUCAUUUCAAUUUUAGUUCAAUUGAUUGGAGAUGUUAUUGGAGUUUACAAAAAGGUAAAGAUGGAAUUGAAUGGUAUGAUGCAGAAUUAACUGAAAAAGGUUAUAAACAAACUCACAAAUUUACAAAAAAGAUCAAAUCUGUAUCUGAUUUCCCGAUCCCACAAAGAUUUUAUGUUAGCCCCUUAAGAAGAACUUUACAAACAUGGUGGGAAACUUGGAAUGAUUUGACUGAAAAAACACCGAUUAUAAAAGAAUUUGCUAGAGAAAUUUAUGGAAUUGAUAGUGAAAGUGAAAGACAUAAUAAAUCAUAUAUUGAACAUCAUUUUCCAGAAUUUGAAUUUGAAUCAGGUUUUCUGUUUGACGAUGUUCUAUGGAGUUCUGAAUAUAGAGAAAAAACUGAACAUUGUCAAUAUAGAGCUGCUUCUUUAUUGCGAGAUAUAUUUGAUGAAACGUCUGAAGAUGACAAAAUUAUAAGUAUUGUAUCUCAUUCUGGAUUGAUAUAUUGUAUUUUGGAUGUUGUGCAGCAUAGAUACUAUGGAUUAAGUCCUGGUGGUUUAAUACCAGUCAUUAUAGAAAUUCAAAAUGAUAAGAAAAUUUAUCCAUUAGAUGACGCAUACUCGAAUUUCACAAAUUGGUGUCCGUAUGAGACAUCUCUGAUUUCAGAAAGAAUAGCUAUUUCAACUGACAACGUUGAUGAUUGUGAGGAUGCAAGUCAAUCCAAAGAGGAUAGUUAA